CCCAAAGCGAGCUCAAUUAUUCUCAUUAGACCUGAAAAUGGGGUGCUUUAAACCUAUCAGCUUCUUCUGCUCUGUUUUCUUCUUCGCCAUACUUGCCUGCAUUUUGUUGUUGCAGUCUGAGGUUGAAGCUAAAGAGCUAUACUAUGAUUUUGUUCUCAAAGAAGCCAAUUUCACAAAGUUAUGCAGCACAAAGAGUGCAAUGGUUGUAAACGGAAGUUUUCCGGGGCCGGUGAUUACGGCUCGCAAAGGGGAUACUGUCUAUGUCAAUGUGCACAAUGAAGGAACAUAUGGUGUCACCAUUCACUGGCAUGGGAUAAAGCAACCAAGAAAUCCAUGGUUUGAUGGACCCGAAUAUAUUACACAAUGCCCUAUUCAGCCUGGAACCAAUUUCACGUAUACGGUGCUUCUCUCUUCAGAAGAAGGCACAUUGUUUUGGCAUGCCCAUAGCGAUUGGACUCGAGCCACGGUUCAUGGAGCCUUCGUCAUUUUGCCCGCAGAAAACACAACCUAUCCAUUUCCAGAGCCAGACCACGAAGCAGUUCUUGUUUUCGCGUCAUGGUAUAAAGAAGAUGUGCCAACAUUGAUGGACGAGGCUCUCAAAUAUGGUGGAUUAACAACAUUGUCCGACUCUUAUGCUAUCAAUGGUCAGCCAGGAGAUUUUUACGAAUGUUCCAACGAAACAACGUUUCGAUUAGCGGUUGAUCAUGGGAGUACCUAUCUUCUCCGUUUAGUGAAUUCGGUACAAAACACAGACAUGUUCUUCGCCAUAGCUGAUCAUAAUCUCACACUUGUGGGCGUGGACGGCAACUAUGUCAAACCUUUUGUUACCAACUACCUAAUGAUCACCCCAGGAGAAACAAUGGACAUUUUGGUCACAGCGACCCAACCUCUCGGCCAUUACUACAUGCUUAUAAGUCCUUACUUCGAUGGACAAGCUGACGACUUCGACAAAAGCGUCACCAGCGCCAUAUUUCAGUACAACGGCAACUACACUCCUCCUACAUCACCCAUCUACCCAGACCAUAUUCCUGGCUUCUAUGACGUUGACGCUGCACGCAACUUCGACAGACAGUUGAAGAGUUUGGCCUCUCUGGAGCACCCUGCAAAUGUUCCUCAGCAUAUCACUACCAGGAUGUUUAUUACCCUCUCCAUUGGCAUGCUGCGAUGUCCGAAUGACUCGUGUGAUGGACCUGAUGGAAAUCGACUUGCGUCUGCCUUGAACAACAUCAGCUUUGCCAACCCUGCCAUUGAUGUGCUGCAAGCAUACUACAGGAACAUGAGUAGAUAUUUCCAAGCAGAUUUCCCAGACAGGCCACCUACUCUAUUCAACUUCACCGCAGAUGAGUUGAUGACUGACAACAUUACGUUGAGUGACCAAGGAACCAAGGUGAAGAUGUUGAAUUACAACGAGACAGUGGAAAUAAUAUUCCAAGGGACAAAUGUGAUGAACUCAGGAGAGAAUCAUCCUGUGCAUUUGCAUGGAUUCAAGUUUUUUGUGGUUGGAGCUGGCGUCGGGAAUUUCGACAAUGAGACUGAUCCCUUAACUUACAAUUUGAUUGAUCCACCAGAACUUAAUACCUUCCCAGUUCCUAAGGAUGGAUGGGCCGUCAUCAGAUUCGUAGCAGACAACCCAGGGGUGUGGUUCAUGCACUGCCAUUUCGAUCGGCAUAUGAGUUGGGGCAUGGAUACCGCUUUCAUAGUGAGGAAUGGAGACACGGAGGAGACGAGUGUUCGCCCUCCACCGGAAUACAUGCCUUCUUGUGGCGAAAAUUCCAUAUACAGUGGUGAUGAGCAGUCGAUGUUUAAGUUGGAGGAAUAGGUACUAGCUAGGAACAAAUCAAACUGACAGGGAUAUUUGAAGGGUGUACCUGCAUUGAUUUAUGCAGCAGGGCACUAGUUAGAUAUACAUGGAUUACAAAUUGUUAAAUUUUGAGCAGCUGGGUGCUUAGCCUGGAGAACACAAUAAUUUGUAAUGGACAAUAUAUAUUCCUUUGUAAGACCCGAUGUUCUUCUAGUGUGUAUCAAACAUACAGUAGCAUAUAGAGUAUUGGUAUGAACUUUGGUUGGCAUUCCUAUACCAAAACUAGAAUACGUGCUAAGUGGUUAAGGCUAUUACUUAUGGCAUCUUUGAUAAUAGCUCACAUGAUUAUGUGUCAUUAUUAAUUGAGAAAUUGUUUCAUG